AUGUGGAUUGAAAUAUUUGAAUAUUCAAGCGUUUUAGCUGGGAUUGCAGCCUUCAUAUUUUGGUGCUAUUUACAAAGGAAACCAAAAAACUUUCCACCUGGUCCUCGAGGUCUGCCUCUUGUUGGUUACAUUCCGUUCAUGGCAAAGAAUCCUGCAGAAACUUUGAUGAAAUUGAAAGGGAAAUACGGAUCAGUUGUUUCUGUUCAAUUUGGACAAGAGGAUUGGGUCAUUCUGAAUGAUUAUGACACCAUUAACGAGGCAUUUGUAAAACAAGGAGAAAAAUUUUCCGGACGACCCUACAAUCUUUCAUUCGAGUUGAUAACCAAAGGACGCGGGUUCUUGACGCUGGAUUAUGGAUCCACAUGGAAAGCUCUGAGGAAAUUUGGCCACGUUACACUAAGAGAAAUUGGGAUGGGAAAGAAAAAUAUGGAAACAAAUGUAGUCGAAGAAACAAAAUUCUUGAUUGAAAAUUUGGCAACGAGGAACGGAGAGAGUAUUAAUAUGAAAUUAAAUCUUGCAUUAUCCAAUAUCGUUUGUCGAAUAGUGUUUGGUACAAGGCUCAAAUACCAUGGAAGUAAAUUGAAGCAUAUGGUCGAAAUAUUUACAAAGAACUUUGAAGACAAUCCUCAUUCUCGCAUGUUAUCCACGGUUAGCUUGGCUCCAAUUUUACGUUUUGUCCCGCCGUUCAGCAAUGUUGUAAAAGUUACCUCUGAUGAAGCAGAUUGCUUUAUAGCAUAUCUACGCGAAUUUGUAGAAGAACACGAUUCGAACUUUGAUGAUUCAGACAUCCGGGAUUUUAUUGAUGCUUUUUUGAAUGAAAUGAAGAAACGAGAAAAAGAUGAUGAUGUCUUCAAUAAAAUCCAACUGGUCAGGUACGUGCGUGACCUGUUCAAUGCGGGAUCAGCCACAACUAGCAGCACUUUGUCGUGGGCUUUCCUCGCUCUGGUCUCUUACCCAGAAUGCCAAGAAAAAAUUGUAGGGGAAAUUCUGACAACCUUUGGCGAAGACGGAGUCCCGUCAAUGAAACAUCGACAUGAAAUGCCUUACACUUGUGCCUUCAUACAAGAACUGAUGAGACAUAGGACUCUAUUCCCACUAAGUGCCUUUCAUAAAACGAACGAAGAUUCGACGCUGAAUGGAUACAAUAUUCCAAUAAAUACGACGAUCGUUCCGAACAUUUGGGCAGUUCAUUACGACCCCAAAUAUUUCAAAAAUCCGAGAGAAUUUCUACCAGAUAGAUUUCUCGACCGUGACGGAAAAUUCAUCAGUUCUAAUCACGUGAUUCCGUUUUCGAUCGGUCCUCGACAUUGUCUGGGAGAACAACUUGCAAGAAUGGAUAUUUUUGUAUUUCUGACGGGAAUAUUACAAAAGUUAAAAGUGUUUCCGCGCACUGGAAAGCCCCUUCCUUCAUUCAAUGACGGUGUGUUCUGCAUGGUCACAUACGAGCCACCCCAGUUUGACGUCGUUUUUGAACGACGAUAAUUGUAUUUUGUGAUUUAAAAAAUCAGCUUUAUAUAAUUGGAAGCAAUAACAUACAUAUAAAUAAUUAAAAUUAUUAUAAUACAAAGUGUCGUUGUACAUAGAAGAUCAGCAAAUAAGACAUAUUUUAUUCAGAAACUAUACUUAUAACGAUAGCACUUGACAAAAAAUAAUUUUCUGUAAUAAAACAAACAUUUACAGAUAUCAAAAAAAAACUGUAAGUGUAACUUCUAUUUAUUCGUUUAAUUCAUCCAUGACUCUCUUUUAACGCUGCUAACAGGACGGAACAGGAAUUGUUUAGCAAUUACUACAAAAUAUCCAUAUAAUCUUUUUUUAAUUGUUGAAUAUUCAUGAAUCGACUUUCAUGUAAGAAGUAUAUAAAUUCCUUAGCCGAUAAGAAAAUGUUUUUAUGUUUUGCAUCGUUAUGAAGAAUUUUCUCAAAAAACAGUUA